GACAGAGCACUGUUGACUACCAUCUCUGUUGUGCUGUAUGUUACGAGCAUUCAUUUCACCUCUACAGUCACACCAGUGUCAGUCACAAGUGGCAAUCUCUCUUCUGACCCCUGCUACAACUACACUGUGCUGGACAAUCCUUGGAGAUCCACCAACAAUACAAAUAACACCCUCAUGUGUGACAGGAAUGUCAACUGGGUCGGCUGGUAUCGUCUCUUCAUUCAGGGCUGGAGCGCUCAGAUGCCUGAAACAUGUGUUGUAAACAACAUAUGUGGCACUAAUUACCCACUGUGGCUAAGAGGUGGACACCCAAUAGUUGGUGAUGGAGUAGUCUCCCGAAAUGUCUGCAGUAAUAACUUUAAUGACUGCUGCUAUGUCAAGUCCUAUCCCAUCAGAGUCAAAGCUUGCCCAGGCAAUUAUUAUGUCUAUGAGUUUGUUAAACCAACUACCUGCCACUUAGCGUACUGUGCAGAAGUCAGAAGCAAGUAUUCCAGCUAUACAGUGAUCAAGCCAGUGAACGUCACAACUGAUGAUCUCUCUUUUGACCCCUGCAACAACUACACUGUGCUGGAUGAUCCUUGGAGAUUCACCAGCAAUUCAAUUAACAACUACAUGUGUGACAAGAAUGUUAACUGGGUCGGCUGGUAUCGUCUCUUCAUUCAGGGCCAGGAUGCUCAGAUGCCAGAUACAUGGGGGGCACCCGAAAGUUGA